UAAAUGGGAGUAUCCAGGAGGAACCUGGACAGAAGGAUGAAGAGGUCGGUUUAAAGGAACCAGGAUUCGCACGACCAUGAGGAGACGCACCGCCAUGACGGGGGUGUCCUCGGCGAUGCUCGUCGCGGCCUUCAUCGCGGGGGUUAUCUCAGGAUCACGGGGAGCCUAUUUGGGGCCAGCUGAUCUACAACGGGGUGGACCAUCUGCAAACUUCUUCGAGGUGCAAGGGCCAUCGUCUGGAGGACUGGGACUCGUCGCUCGUCCGGACUUCGCGGCGCAGCCGGAUGCAGGGGCUCAGUCCGAUGCUGUUGGUGGACCGAGUCCUGAUGCGGCUCCGCUUGCUCUUCCAGACCCAGCACCGAGAUUCGGAUACCUGACAAAGUCGGUCAAACGUUCGAAAGUCUCGGUUAGGAAGAGCAAACGGUACGGCAGGGUGAGGAGGGCGAGGGGAGGAGUGAAGAAGAAGAGGAUCAGGAGGAGGAAGAAGAAGAAGCCAAACGGUCCGGAUGGUAAAAGAAGGAAUGGCAAGAGAGAUAAGAAGAGGAAGAAGAAAAAGAAGGACGAUAAGAAGGACGAUAAGAAGAACGAGGAAGACGAGGAAAGGAACAAUCAGUCCAGAGACUUGGAGGACCCCGAUAACGACGACGAAUACGAAGAGGUGGAGGAGGAGGAGGAAGAAGAGGAGCCCCUCUCCCCUGAGGAAGAAGAAGAGCUAAGACAAUUCAAUCAGAAUGUCACCGAUUUGGAGGACAGUAUGAUGGCCCUGAAGCAGGCCAAGAUCAGCUGCACCAACCAGAUCGAGGAUCAGAAGACCCCCACGGCUGCCUUGAGGAAGACGAAGGAAUGCUUGGGUCUCUUCCGACCCGAGCUCGGGCUGCUAUAUGAUAUGUAUAAGCUGGUCAGAGAUUUUGUCUAACUUGGUUGUAAAUUAAUAAAUACGGCGCGAGAUCACGCGGUUGUCGGGUAUAAAGGCGUGUAAAGAUAUCCCCUAGAAAUAAAGAAAAAAAAAAAAAGAAGGAAACACCUAGAGAGACCUCUUCGAGAUCGACCAGGAGGACGUUGAAAUAAAAAGUAAAUAAUUCGAUAAACGCACCCCGAUACAAUAAAAGACAGUAGGAUCUA